AUGGCAUAUAGGUUCAUGACAAACCGAAUCGUGCCAUCUUCAAAUAGGUUGAGCAAACGAUUUAUUUUUAUAUUCACCAUUUCAUUGUCCUUCACAUAUUUAUGCUACAGCAUACUGUUUUGUUGUGGUACAAUCAUGCCAACCCAGAGUUAUGAGGAAAAAAGGUGCCUCCAUCACAAGAACGUAGGAAGCAUAAAACUUCUACAAAAAGAUUGCAUCGCGGACAAGAGGUCUGCUCUGGAUGAGACUUUAAACGUGGCACUCACUCACCAAGGAUCAAGUAAUGCUCGCAACCAAAGUAGAAAUUCUGCCUUGCCCAUCACUCACAAACGGAGUAUUGCCCCAUCCGAAUAUAAUAUUACUGUUGCACAGAAAUAUGGAAACAAAAAGUUACCUAACGCACUAAUCAUCGGGGUGAAGAAGGGCGGCACCAGAGCGGUGCUGGAGUUCAUUCGAAUUCAUCCAGAUGUGCGCGCGCUUGGAACAGAGCCCCACUUUUUCGAUAGAAACUAUGACAGAGGAUUGGACUGGUACAGAGGACUAAUGCCACGGACUCUAGACAGCCAAAUCACCUUGGAGAAAACCCCCAGCUACUUUGUGACAAGAGAGGCACCCAGACGCAUCGCCAGUAUGUCCCCCAACACCAAGCUGAUUGUGGUGGUGCGUAACCCAGUCACCAGGGCCAUCUCAGACUACACACAGACUCUGUCCAAGAAGCCGGACAUCCCCACCUUCGAGGAGCUGGCCUUCCAGAACCGGAGCCAGGGUCUGGUAGACACCUCGUGGAACGCUAUCCGCAUAGGGAUGUACAUCCUCCACCUAGAGAACUGGCUGCAGUACUUUCGCCUCUCCCAGAUCCACUUUGUGAGCGGCGAGCGGCUGAUCACGGACCCGGCGGGGGAGCUGGGCCGCGUCCAGGACUUCUUGGGUCUGAAGCGCAUCAUCACAGACAAGCACUUCUACUUUAACCGAACCAAAGGCUUCCCUUGCCUGAAGAAGCCAGAGAGCAGCAGCCAGCCCCGCUGCCUGGGCAAGUCCAAGGGCAGAACUCACGUGCAGAUCGACCGGGAGGUCAUUGAGCAGCUCCGGGACUUUUAUAGGCCUUUCAAUAUCAAAUUCUAUGAGAUGGUGGGGCAAGACUUUAGGUGGGAUUGAGAAUCUGAUUAUAAAAAUAACCAGGCGAUAUGAGCUUAUUGAAAUGGAUACCUCCGUGGAGUCAUUCGAAUGAGGACACCUUAAAGUCAAUCCAAUUUCUCUUCAUGUUUGAAAAUACAGUGCGAGUUUAACAAGGUGUGUGUAAUCUGCCACUAACUUUAAGACCUUUGGUAUCAUUUCCUAGU